AUGGACAGGAUCCCCAAGUUCAGGCGCAAACCUAAGAAACCUACCAUCGAAACCUCCGUUGAACGCUCCAGCAGUGACACUGCCGACAGUAUUGCCAGCUCCGAACUGCAGGCCGCAAACCUCCAGUUGCAACUGCAGCAAGGACAACCUCAACCACAGAAGACCAAACUCUCCAAGAGAGCAGCUUUCAAAAAUUUCCGGUUGCGUAGCUCUGCUAAGAGAGCGCGCGACAGCCCACCCGCCGAGCUGCCUUCCAGCCCUCCUCCGCCGGCCGUCGUGAGCCACGAUGGUGUCAAGAGUCGACCCGUCACGGCCGAAGACGAUGUGCCAGGCAAUAAUCAUGGGGCACAGCCCCGAAUUCCUGCCUUCCUAGAGUCUUCAUUGCAAAAUAUCGACUUCAAAUUCCAGGAGUUACAAUGGGCCGAGCGCGAGCGAGUUCAAGAGGGUACAAAAAACGAAGCAGACCAAGAUUUCAAAUGGGGUACUUUCAAGCAAGUCGAUGUUCAGGAAAAGGGCGCGAUGGAUCGCUACGUCAACAUCAAGCCAUGGAAUCACAACCGAAUCAAGCUUCAGGUGCCUGAGCAAGAACUUGACUAUGUCAACGCCUCCGAGAUUACAGUUCCUUCGGUCUCCGAUCCUGAUACAGAGCCGUUGCGGUAUAUUGCUAUGCAAGGGCCGACUAUUCCCUCGAUUGACUACGUUUGGCGCAUGAUUGCCGAACAAAUGUCUUCGCCAGCUGUUAUCGUGCAGCUUACAACCAUGGCAGAAGGCGGAGUUGUCAAAUGUCACCAAUACUUUCCUGAUGACGAAGAACAACCAACCUGGACUCUGAACGAACACGAUGCAUGGAAUGACAACUGGCAAGCUCAAGUCACAUACGAUUCAUACGAGGAGCUGGCCGAAGGCGCCAUUGAGAAGCGUAAAUUACUCAUGCGCCUCAACGAUGAAGAAGAACCGCGCGUUGUGUGGCAUCUUCUUUACCGACGAUGGCCUGACUUCGGAGUGCCUGAGCUCGAGGAUCUUGAUGGGUUCUUUGACCUCAUGCAGCUGUCUCGCGAACUGAGUGCACCCACUAAUCCACGGAUAAUUCACUGCAGUGCUGGCGUUGGUCGAACUGGUACGUUCAUCACCCUGGAGCAUCUCAUGCGUGAGCUUGAGAUGGGCACUUUUGAGAAUUACGACGAGCCAAAUGAGGGCCCUGACCUGAUAUUUGAGACUGUCGACCUUCUCCGAGAACAGCGCGUGGGUAUGGUUCAAGGCCGACCUCAGUUGUUGUUCAUUUAUCAAGUCAUGCGAAAACUGUGGCAAGACAAAUAUGGCGUCGACGAAGAGGGUAACGAACCUGCAGCUAAGAGACUCGAGGUGGGCGACCCUUUCGUUGAUGGCUCAGCGCCAGCUUCAACGUAG